AAGUCUCCACCAAUUUCAAUUUGAGCACUUUCUCUCUCCUCCCGCUUCUCUCUUCCAAAAAAAAAAAAAAAAAAAAGAAGAAUGAACAAGAGCUUGGGUGAUGGCGGCUCCGCUAGGGUUUCGAUACCGCGUAAUCUCCGAGAAACUGUUCAGAGUAUCAGAGAGAUGACAGGGAAGCAGCACUCGGACGAGGAUAUCUACGCCGUCUAUAAGGAAUCGUUUAAUGAUCCUUUCGAGACCGCCCAGAAGCUCCGCUUUUUAGAUACGUUUCAUGAGGUGAGAAGCAAAAGAGACAAGAAGAAGGAGAAUCUUGUGCCAAUUAACCAAGCGAGUGCCAGAACUGGUCGGAGGAACUUUGCUUCUAGCAACACUUAUCAUGGCAAUGGAAGAAGUUCAUCCUUCAAAAGGGAGAGUGGAUCUAAUCAUGUCACAGGGGGAUCAAGACCUUCUCUUCCUAAUACUAACAACAGAGCAAGAAACCCCACUUUACCUCGUGCGACAAAGGUUCCUGCUCCCAGUGGGGUAAGCAAUCAUAAAGUUGAAGAUGAUUUCACUGCCACUGUGAACAAGGGAGUUGCAGAGAAACUUCCUCUUUCCAAGUCUAUUUCUUUCUCCGAGGAUGCUGUUGAGCCAGAGACGUCUAAAGCAAAUUCAGAACAAGUUGCUCCACCUGUAUCAGUGUCUGUUGUACAGAACCAUACACAAGAUGUAAUUUCUGCUCAGCCUGAUGUGAAUAACCAGCCAGCAGAACUGCAGUCAUCUACCUUUGGUCGACAGGAUCCUUCUUUGAUUUCUGCUUCUCACUGCAGUAACCAUUCUGAUCAAGUCACCGGAAAUGAGACUGCAUCCAAGAAAGGCAAAGCUCGAUCGCUUCUCAAGUUAGAUGUUGGCGAGCGGUCACACGUUACAUUUCCAUUGCACCUUCAGGUUGCAGACGAGCUGCAAAAUGGUCUGACCUUUGGAAGUUUUGAUUCUAAUUUUGUGAAAGAGCUAUCUUCUACCUAUGGUGCUAGUGGCGGUGAUGACUCAGAUUUUAAGUCCUCUCACGGAACAGGGGAUGAUGAGAGAGAUUCUUCCCCCACUACCAAUGGCAUUCAUGCGGUUGCUUCUGCCAGAGGAGCAUCAUCCUAUUUUGAAGAUGAUAAUGGGAUUCCAAAUUCAGCACCCGGAGCUUUACCGAACACACAACCUCAUCAAAUUGCUUAUGGUCAAGACGCCCCAUUCAGCGUGUUUGGUCUUGUUCCCUCGUUUUCAGCACUGGGCCAACCGGUAAACACAGAAGCAGCUGCGACUCAGCUUGGAAAUUCUAAUGCCCCAGCUAUGUCAUUAGUAUCAAACCCGCCAGGUCAGAGCUCUAUAGCAGCAGUCUCUCAGCAGGCAACUCAUCUUUUCGGGCAACAAUACCCUCCCAGUUUCUUCCCUUACGGUCCCUAUUACCCACAGUUUUAUAUGCCACCACCAUACAUUCACCAGUUCUUGGGCCCAAAUGGAAUUCCACAGCAGUCUUAUUUUCCACCAGGGGCUGCUAUAGCAGCACCUACCCAUAUAGCACCAGUAGGCGACAAUGAGAACCCUCCUACAACAAACCCUUCGCAACAUGCUUCUUCAACAGUUGUCACUCACAUCCCAUCUGCAACCGCCUUAAACUCUAUCCAUAGUGAAGAAAGGACUUCAGCAAUGACUGGAAACGCAGGUGCGUGGAUUGGGCAGGGACUUGGCAACCUGCAGAUGUACAACCUAGCCCUGCAAGGUCAGCCACUUGGUUUCCCAGUCGUGCAGGCUGGUCACAGGGGGCUCAUGGGAAUACACCAACCAUCACAGCCCAUGCCCGCUCCUUCAACUACAUAUCAGACCUUAACACCACUGCCACCGACGACAGCUAUGGCUGAACCCAUAAGACACCCAAACAUUGCCCAUCAGCAACCUCAAGCUGCAGUAACGAAUAACAACUAUUAGGCCGAGGGGAAGCAGCUAUAUAUGAAGAUACACAUCAAACGUGUUAAAGUCUGGAUUUUUGGGUGUAAAUAGGAAACAUCAUCCCCAGAGGAAUUUAGGUUUGACAAGUACAAGAGGGAAGAAGAAGAAGAUGAGCUUUCAAUGUAGCAAACCUUUUUGCCAUAUUUUUUUUGUUGUGAUAAUACAUAAAGAACGACGUUUGGGAAGAUGAUCCCAAUGGAAUAGUUAUUAGAAACUGAUGAUGUCUCUUCUUUAGUUUGUAUUCUCUUACAAACAUAUAUCAGAUCUGACUUGGCUGAA